UAUCGCAACACAUUGGAAGCCUCUUGAUAAACGCUUAUGAAUCACUACUUGGCUAAUUCCACUAUUAGACGGGAUCUAUCACUUGUAACUUUAACACGUUGUUAUUUCCCGCUGGAUGAUCAGCGCUGAGCGGGUGUCACCAUGACAACAGACGAAGCAGAGAGUCACCAGAAGAAGCCGAGGCAGCAGGAGGAGGCUGGCCAGGACGCAAAACCGUCCUCCCCAGACAAGGAACUCCUCCGGCCUCGCAACCGCAACUCAGCCGGGCGUGGCCUCUCCCGCCUUUUCUCCUCCUUCCUGAAGAGACGCUCGCAGUGUGAGAGCGAGGGAGGGGAGAAGGAGGAAGAAGAAGAAGCAAAAGCUCCCAUUGCUGACCCGGAACCUGAGUUGAAGAUUGAGGGAGAGGUGGCCCACGACCAGCACUCAGUCAGCAGCGCUGAGGCCCAGGCUGCCCGGGUAGAGAAGAAAGAAGCUGAGGAGGGAGAGGAGGAGGAGGAGGAGGAGGGUGGAAAAGACAAAGAGGUCAACAAGGAGAAAGCAGAGGUGGCUACACUGGAGAAUAAGGAGGAUAACAAGGAAGAGGAGGAGAAGGAGAAGGGGAAGGAUGAGGGAAAGGAGGGAGGCUCUGAAGUUAGCAGUAAUGGAGAGAAAGAAAAGAAAGUCACAGAAGAGGAGUCUAAAACUCCCAAAGCUCCACGUCGCCCCAAACCCAUGCAGAUUAAAGUCACUCUGCUGGAUGACACUCUGUAUGAGUGUGAGCUGGAUAAACAUGCCAAAGGCCAAGAACUGUUCACAAAAGUAUGCGACCACCUCAAUCUGCUAGAGAGAGACUAUUAUGGGCUGGUCAUCUGGGAGACACCCAACGUGAAGACUUGGAUGGACCUAGCCAAGGAAAUCCGCAGGCAGGUGCAAGGUGCCAACUAUGAUUUCACGUUCAAUGUGAAAUUCUACCCACCGGAUCCAGCCCAAUUUUCUGAAGACAUCACAAGGUACUACCUGUGUCUCCAACUGCGUAAGGACAUACUGCAAGGACGUCUGCCGUGCUCUUUUGUCACCCUGGCCUUGCUUGGCUCCUACGCUCUGCAAUCAGAAUUGGGCGAGUAUGACCCUGAGGUGCAUGGCAGUGAAUAUGCGAAGGAGAUGAAGAUGGCUAACGGGCAGACCAAGGAGCUUGAGGAAAAGAUGAUGGAGCUGCACCACACUUACAGGUCAAUGAGUCCAGCUCAGGCUGACAUGAUGUUCCUGGAGAACGCAAAAAAGCUGUCCAUGUACGGAGUCGACCUCCACCAGGCGAAGGAUCUCGAUGGAGUGGACAUCAUGCUGGGAGUUUGCUCCAACGGUCUGAUGGUUUAUAAAGACAAACUGAGGAUCAACCGUUUUCCCUGGCCCAAAGUCCUGAAGGUCUCAUACAAGCGCAGCAACUUCUUCAUCAAAAUACGCCCGUCAGAGGUAGAGCAGUAUGAGAGCGCUAUAGGCUUCAAACUACCCAACUACAAAGCAGCCAAGAAACUGUGGAAAGUGUGUGUCGAACAUCACACCUUUUUCAGGCUUACAUCCACUGAGAUGGUCACAACUCCCAGGAAGUUUCUGGCUCUGGGCUCCAAAUUUCGGUACAGCGGUCGAACUCAGGCUCAGACCAAACAGGCCAGCUCUCUCAUUGACAGGCCAGCUCCUCUUUUCCAGCGCACUUCCAGCAAGAGGAACUCCCGCAGCAUGGAUGCAGCCAUGGCGUCCACCCCAGACAACAAAUCAAGCCGCCCAGUCAGCGCGCCCAUCAUGUCGCCGCUGUCUCCCGGGGAGAACACGCCAUCGCCGCUCUUGCGCACCCUUCAUUUCGUCAACCGGAGCAACAGCCCCACACCUAAGUUCCACCGCUCUGCAGACAGGAAAGCAGAGAUAAAGGGCCGUAGUCGGAAAACUGAUUCCACCAAAAGCCAGAGCCCCAGACCAGAGUCCACUCCAGAAAUGAAGACAUUGGCCAGGAGAGAACGGAGACGUUCCCCCUCUGUGACCACCGCCAAUGGGGAACGAGAGAAAAAGAACCAGCACUCUCCUCAGGACAAAACAAAGACGGAGAUGAUGCGAGUGAGGAAGAAGCGAGCUAAGAAACUCGAGGGCGAAACUAUUUAUAUCAGACAUAGCAAUUUAAUGUUGGAGGUUUGUAUGGGCUUCACUUCUGUUUUGAAUGUUGUGUUCACGUUCCUCCGCCCGCUUCAUAUUUCUGUCGAAUCUUUUUUUCUUUUCUUUGACUCUUCUGUUUUUCUUUAUUCAUUGUAUUUUUUCCAGCUUGACCCUAAAGGCUUGGCAUGCACCAUUUUCCUCUCUGACUCUGAUGACGUGGAUAAAACCCAGACUGAGAUCAUGCGUCACCACACAAGCAUCAGCGAGUUGAAGAGGAGUUUCAUGGAGUCCGUACCAGAGCCCCGACCCAGCGAGUGGGACAAGCGUCUUUCCACCAACUCGCCUUUCCGCACAGCCGGCAUCAACGGCCAGCUGCAACCAGCGUCUCCAGUGCUGAAGACCCAGACAAUCACCAUCUCAGACAUCACCAACUCUCUACGAGGAACUGUGGCCUACAAGGACAUCCCCUUGGUUCACACUGAGACAAAGACAAUUACAUACGAGUCAGCCCAGGUGUCUCUCCCGCAGCCGGUGGACACCUUGGCAGAGCGGGACUCAGGAGUGCUGCUGAGUGCCCAGACCAUCACGUCCGAGACCAUCAGCACCACGACCACUACCCAGAUCACGAAGACGGUGAAAGGAGGAAUCUCCGAAACUCGCAUUGAGAAGAGGAUCGUUAUAACAGGAGAUACUGAAAUUGAUCAUGACAAGAUGCCUACAUGCCUCUCCCACCCAUAUCACAUCCUUUUUACCUCAGAGCCACACCCAACAGCACUGCCUUCGACAUAAAACACCAAGAUCACAUCAGAGGGACUAACUUCUUCAUGGAACUAUGAACUUUAAGCUCUGUGAUUGUGAAGUUGUGUCACCGUAGAGUCGCAGAAAAAAAUUCCCAAGAAUCCUCCCAGUUCCCUCUCCUGUUCUACUCAAUGCCAAAACACUGACCGAGGGACAAUUUAAAAAGAAAACAUGUGUUUAAGGAAAGAGAAAAGGUACAACAGUUGUGAAACGAUACCUCUCCAAUUUGGAGAUUUAAAGAAAAAUUUCAAAUGGACAUUUGGUCUUUUAAUCGUUGUGAUUACUGAACUUUGUAUUUGUAUAGCUUUUCUUACAAUCAGAAUUGGUUAUCAAUACAGUGGAUCACUGCAGUCAAGUGUUUGUUUUUAACAAUGUGAUUCAAACAGCAUCAACACAGGGAAUGUGGGUGAUUUUCUUGGGAUAGUACACAUCAAGACUCACGGUUCCCUUCCCAUUUGCUUCAAUUUCUUGUUCAGUAUGUUUUUUUCAUAUUUAGUUGUCACUUCCCUUUGAAUGUGAAGAAAAGUUUUUUCAAUCAAUUUGAAAAAAAUAUUGCCUGUCUUAACAUUUAAUCAGUUGUUAGCUUAUCAUUGUUUAUUGUUUCGUACUUGCUGUAGUGUUUGUGAAGGAGACCUUUACAUUUAGUUAUUCUCGACUGUCUUCUUUUUGUGUUUUUGUGUUAUAGGUCCUCUAAGCACACAUAUGUAGCUUUAUUCAUUUCUAUGAACAGCAUUCAAUUUACCACAUGCAACGUUAGUCAUUUCGACUGCAUUUUUGACAAAAGUGAGUUAUCAUUGCCUCAAGCAAGACAAGCGUGCAUAAGAGGUUAGAUUGUCGAUUUGUUUGCUUUGCUUGGGAUUAAGGGAUAAUUAAUUGAAUGUUUCUCUUUGAAGUACAACAAGUAUUUGUGCCAUCACUUGACUCAUUUGCAUUUAGGCUGACGAAGGCAAUAAAGAGGUCGUUGGUUUACGAUUGUCGCAGCAUAUCAAGUUUUAAGGUGAUGAACGGCAUGCAGUGAACUAGUUUGCACAGCGGCGUAAGAAUGAUUAUGGCUUUAGUACUGUGUAAGCAUAGGUUAGUUAGUUAGUUAGUUAGUUAGUGAGUUAGGUUAGCUCGUUCCGAUUUACAUAUUCCAAAUUCGGGUUACAUUCCCCCUAUAAGAAUGGAACUCUGUCGUAAACCGAGGACCCCCUGUAGGCCUACUGAUAAUUUGUACUAAUAAUUAGUAAUGCAAUGGAACCUCAGAUGUCGUACGCAAUCCAUAUUACGUGAUGCUGGUUUAUUCUAGAGCAAUUAUUUUCAAACCCUUACUAUGGUGAGCACUGAGGUGAUGAGAGGGAGGCAUUCAUAACAGUCGUACACUCUAAGUGUAUUCAUAUGUCAGCUGUUGUAGUCAAUUUGAACAAACAGCAAAUCAUGCGCUCGCCAACUGAAUGUGUUGGCGUGUGGUACACGCGUGGCACUGGCAAAAGUGUCGAUGAAGAUUGGUGCGUGUGCCUGUGAGGUGAGUUUUGACGUUAACCCGUUACCCUCCUUCAAGAGACUUUUUUUUUUUUUUUGAAUUAAUGAUGUUAACUUAUUGUUUCUUGAACAAUACAGUAUUGUACUGAGCAGCCUUGACAUGUCGUAUUAAGUUCUAUUUAAUGCUUCUUUGGUCAUCAUUGCACUUACACUACACCAAAACACACUUGUCAAUCAUUUCGAUGCUCUCAGAGCUGAAGUCUCCCAUGAUUUGCUGAUGUCUCGCGUCAUGCAAUGUUACGCACGAUGACAAUUCAUUUUUGUGCGGCUUUUUUGUUCAAGAAAACUUCACAUUGUGACUUCAGAAGCGUUUGUCCUCAGAGGUUCCACUGUACGCACACAAAAACUAACACUUUUUUUUUUGUCUGCGUCCUAAUAAGGUUAAGAAAACGCACACUAUUUUUAAAUACAUGUACAUUUACAAAGAAACCGAAUGUUAAUCGCUUUUGCAUCACGUUUUUAAAAUCUCAGUUCAAUUAGUUGUCAUAUAUUUUUUUUUACCACCAUCCGACGUCUCAGGAGAGGAAAGCAGUGCACCACCAACACUGUGUAUAGUGGGGAUGGGGCGCUGCUGAACUCGACUCGGGACGUUGUGAGUCGGUGGGGAGAAUACUUCGCAGACCUCCUCAAUUCUACGGACACGGCUUCCCAUGAGGAAGCAGAGUCUGGGUUCUCUGAGGCGGGCUCUCCUAUCUCUGGGUUUGAGGUCACCGAGGUAGUUAAAAAGCUCCUCGGUGGCAGGGCACCGGGGGUGGAUGAGAUUCGCCCGGAGUUCCUAAAGGCUCUGGAUGUUGUGGGGCUGUCCUGGUUGACACGCCUCUGCAACAUCGCAUGGACAUCGGGGACAGUGCCUCUGGAUUGGCAGA